CUAAAACAUAAGAGAAGAAGAAGGCGUCUUCGGCGGAAGAGUUGCUACUGGUGUCAGCAUCGCAAAAACGAAAGAAAUCUGCUAUCUUUUUGCACCUGCUGCUUUGUGGUGACAUGAUAGAUAUGAUGAUGACGAUACAGCACCAUCCUGUCCUCAACAGAGAUGCUGACCUCAUCUUACCAGUGACCAAAGCUCGCCGUCCCCAGACAAGCCGAGACAGGACAGCAGGACACAGAUCAGACCAGUCAUGGCUGCCAGACAGCAGAGAUCAGCAGCUGCUUCAGACGGCUCAGCAGAGUCCAGGAAGACGGACCUCAGGACCAAUGAGAAGAAGUGCUCUUGGGCCUCCUACAUGACCAAUUCUCCAACUAUGAUAGUAAUGAUUGGACUUCCUGCCAGGGGGAAAACCUACAUGUCCAAGAAGCUGACUCGCUACCUCAACUGGAUUGGAGUGCCAACAAAGGUAUUUAACCUUGGUGUUUAUAGGAGGGAAGCAGUUAAGUCAUACAAGUCCUAUGACUUCUUCAGGCAUGACAAUAAAGAAGCGAUGGAAAUUAGAAAGAAAUGUGCCUUGGUGGCACUGGAGGAUGUCAAGGUCUAUCUGAAUGAGGAGGGAGGCCAGAUCGCUGUUUUCGAUGCCACCAACACCACCAGAGAGAGGAGGGAGCUCAUCCUUAAUUUUGCAAAGGAUAAUGCAUACAAAGUGUUUUUCGUAGAAUCACUAUGUGACGAUCCAGAUGUCAUCGCUACAAACAUCCUGGAUGUUAAGGUGUCCAGUCCAGAUUACCCUGAGAGGGACAGAGAAAGCAUCAUGGAGGAUUUUCUGAAGAGAAUAGAGUGUUAUAAAGUGACAUACCAACCUUUAGAUCCGGAUGAACACGAUAAGAACCUGUCCUUCAUCCAGGUCAUCAAUGUCGGCCGUCGUUUCUUGGUAAACAGGGUGCAGGAUUACAUCCAAAGUAAAAUCGUGUACUACCUCAUGAACAUCCACGUACACUCCCACUCCAUCUACCUCUGUCGGCACGGAGAGAGCGACCACAAUGUGGAGGGACGCAUCGGCGGAGACUCUGAACUGACAGAUAGGGGGAAACAGUUUGCAGCAGCGCUGAAGGGUUUCGUGAAAGAACGUCGUCUGUCUGACCUGAAGGUUUGGACCAGCCAGCUGAGACGCACCAUUCAGACGGCAGAGGAGCUGGGAGUUCCCUACGAGCAGUGGAAGAUCCUGAAUGAAAUAGAUGCUGGAGUGUGUGAAGAGAUGACCUAUAAGACAAUUGAGGAAACAUACCCAGAGGAGUAUGCCAUGAGACAGCAGGACAAAUACCAUUACCGCUACCCUGGGGGAGAGUCCUACCAGGACCUGGUUCAGCGACUGGAGCCGGUUAUCAUGGAGCUGGAGCGACAGGGGAACGUGCUGGUCAUCUGUCACCAGGCUGUCAUGCGUUGCUUGCUCGCCUAUUUCCUGGACAAGAGCGCAGAUGAUCUACCCUACCUCAAGUGUCCCCUGCACACCGUCCUGAAACUGACCCCUGUGGCUUAUGGCUGUAAUGUGGACAUGUUUGACUUGAAGGUGGAGGCUGUUAACACUCACCGGGACAGACCAUUAAAUAAAACCAGAGCAGGUGCUGUGUCGCCAGCUUUCCUGCGACGGAACAGCUUCACUCCGCUGUCCAGUCAAGACCAGAUUAAACGACCUCGCCUUUACAGCAUGGGCAACACUCCACAGGCCCGCACGUUCCAGGCUCACAAAUUACCCAGCAUGCAGUUCUCUGAGGCGUCUGAGGGGUCAGAGCUGCAACAGAGCGAGGACUUUGUGAACGGUUUCAGUGCAGCAGACACAGACGACUGUGUUCACAGCUAAAGAGGCUUUUCUCCACAUGGAUGUCUGAACAGUCCUGAAGACCAGCAGUAAGUCCCAACCAGCUUCAGCCAUUACAUUCUUAAGCACUGUUUUAUACACCAUACCUAUGUAUCUAUAUGUGUGAUCUUUUCGUUUUUGUCAGAUAAGUUUAUGUGUAUGUUAGCGUGAGUGUGCACAUACAUACACAAACUCAAUGCCUUUGCACACCAGCCUUCAGCUGUAGUCUGUGAGACCCUUCAGACACAUACUGUAAAAUCUGAUGUGAAGACACUCUGAAAACCCAUCCAUUAGCUCUCAGCGCACUCCAAAUACAGUAGUCUACAGUCACAUUAUGCUGUACACUUGGAUUGUAAAUGGUAUACCUCACUGGAAGCUCAUGGCUUCAGUUUUAGUGUAAGACUGUGCCUCUAUGAAAGGAAGCCAUGUUUUAGUUUUUCCUCAGAUUCUCUCUUAAAGCUACCUAUUUAGACAUUCCCAGGUAAUUUCCAUCCUUCCUCAGGUGGUCUGACAAGAUGUAGUAAUACUUUUAUUUUGACAGGUCAUAUAAAACAUGUUAAAUUGCAGCUUAGCUUGCAGUGUGAAGACACAAGCUGUAAAAAGUGAUGAAAUAUUUCACGAGUCUUAUAAAAAAAAAUUGCAGCAGCUACUGAAGCUACUUUUCCUCCAAGACAUUUAAUCCCUUUUCCUCUUCAGUCAUACCUUCCUGUAUAUUUUGCAUUGUGCACAAAUAAUAGAUUUAAUGUACUAAGCAGACUACUGUGACGAUUUGAAGCUGAUCUUAUAUAAACUCCAAAUACGCAAGAUUGCAAAUUGAUGUAAAUAUUUCACGCAAAGUACCGAGAAGUUAUUUUGUAGUGUUGUAUUUAGUUGAGUUUUAAUGCAUUUCACUGUCUUCAUAAGGUAAAGCAAAUCAGUCGUGUACUUCUGAUUCCGUAUAUUUAAGUAGAAAUUUCAUAGUAACAAUAUAGAAAACACUCAUUCACAUGACUUUGAUUUUAAUAAGGAAUGAAUCAGUUGUUGGUAAAAGUGCCUUUUUUUUUAAAGGACUGUAAGACUGUGAAAAUAGGGAUAAAGAAUCUUUUAGCAUGAGCACGAUACACAAAUGUCUGUUUUUACUUUAACUGAAGGAUUGGUAAUUUGGAUGUGUAAUAAAGCGCUUUAAUUUUAUUGCA